AUGGAGGAGUUCAUCCGGCUCCGCUCGCCCCUGGCGCCGUACUCGUGUUCGGUGGUGCCUUUAGCAAAUCUCCUGCCAGAGUUCCUACCCUUCCUACGCUCCGCUGCCUGUCGCCUUCGGUGUCACUUCACGGUCCCCGUUUUGUUCGCUGCAGUGUUGUCAACCUUUUUUUGCGCUGCCGCCACUGCCUCGUACGCAUCUACGGCUUCUCUCGAUAGUUCGCGCGCGGCAGACUCCUCUAACACGAGCGUCCUGGCGCCAUCGCAUCCCCGCCCCAUUCCGGAACCCCAACAGGAGCUUGACCGGCGUGCGGGCGGAUCCGUGGAAGUUGGAAGCGCUGCGUUCCAAGAUCACGGAGUUGGGUUCAGCCAGAAGUGGUUUCCCUUAAUUUCAGAAGAUGCCCCUGCAGAUUCAUUCAGUGAGCUCCGGGAGGCUGCGGAAGAGGAGGAAGCUCUGUCGUCGGAGACGCGCGUCCGUGUUUCGUUGCCGCGGGAAUGGUGGGCUGAUGAUGACACUCGUCAAGCAGUCCGCUCGUCAGUGAAGCUCUCUCGCGGAAGACUUUGGGGCGCUGCUGUCGCAUCCACGAUUCUGGCAACUAAGAAAGCGCAGACACAAGCGAACAACGUCAUUCCUUCACUUAGUGCUUCGUAG